CAACUGAGGAGAUGCGAUGAGCGAAAGCGUAUAUGUUGAAGACAAAGCAGUUAUGAGUGAUGACAAUAGCGACUAUUCCACUACCGGCACUUCGAGCUCUGGUAGUGAAUCGGAUGAACCCGUGCAAUUGCUCCAGAAGCCUGUAUUCAUCAAGAAAUCCAAAUCAUCAGAUGCCAGUGCUUCCGAGGCUGUCGCAGUCGCCAAUAAUACUAAACACAAAGUCGUCACAAAUUUGGAAAACGCCAACGAAAACAUAAAAUCGCUGCAGUUGGGCGUGGAAUUCAAUGGCGUUAGUGACGUGGAUGGGCUCGACCCGGAAAAGGACUAUAAUGAGUGGAAACAAAGAGAAUACGUUCGUUAUAUUCGAGACCGGAGCGAGAUGAUUGAAUUAGAGGAGAUUAAAGCUGAUUUGAUCAGACGAAACCAAAUGUCCGAAGAAGAGUUGGUCAAUAUAUUUGAAGAGCGUCAAAGGGCCAAGCCCCCGAAUACUACCGGGGCUUCUUCGCGUAUUGGUGUGUUUUAUAAUGAUGACAGUCUCGUCCAGAAACUUAGUGAACGAAACUACAACGAGAAGCAUAUUGACCACUCGCGGCCCACAAAGUUCAAGUCGUCUUAGCCUGGAGCUUCUACAAAUAGGAUUUUGAGGUCAUUUUUAUGGGAACAAGUCGGAUUUUUAUAGACUUUCUAAUGAUGCACGAAUUACAU